UAUUACAGCUGACAUUUUAAGAGAAAUGGCGUCCUUCAAGAAAUUAAAUACUAAAGGAUUCGCCAGACCGGGAUCAGAAAUAACGCCGGAUACGGUAUAUUGGAAAAAGUACAGUGCUCCUGUUUUAGUUAAAGAAUUCGGCCCAAUUGAUUACAUUGACUUCUCACCGGUGGAACCGCAUUACUUCGCUGUCACCUGUUCGGUCCGAGUACAGGUGUACAAUCCAAUUACGAAGUUAGUUACCAAAAAUCUAAGCAGGUUCAAGGAAGCUGCUUAUGGUGGAUCAUUUCGUAAUGAUGGUCGACUGAUUUGUGCUGGUGGCGAGGAAGCUGUAAUCAGAUUAUUCGACGUUAAUACAAAGAGCCUUCUUAGACUCUUCUCUGGUCAUAAAGCUGCUGUACACAGAACUUUCUUCACUGCAGACAAUCUCCACAUAGCUUCAUUCUCUGAUGACAAAACUACGAUACUUUGGGACAUUCCCAGCGAGAAACAGGUAAUAUCUUUCAAUGAACAUUCAGAUUACAUCAGAGCUGGUGCAGUUAGUCCAAUCUCCAAAGACAUAUUCUUGUCUGGAGGUUACGACAAGCAGAUACACAUGUAUGACACCAGAACAAGUCAGAAGAUUCUUAGUGUAACUCACGAAGCUCCAGUUGAAAGUUUAUUAUUUUUACCUAUGGGAGGAAUAUUCCUAUCUGCAGGUGGGACAGAAAUUAGAGUAUGGGACGCGCUUGCUGGUGGGAGAUUACUAGCAAAAAUCGGCCAACAUCACAAAACUGUGACAUGCUUAAAAAUAGCUUCGAACGGUUACAGAAUUGUAUCUGGUUCAUUAGAUAGACAUGUAAAAAUUUACGACUCCGGGACAUAUAAAACCGUCCAUUCAUUCGAUUAUCCGAAUGCAAUCCUCAGCAUAGGAAUUAGUCCAAACGAUGAAACGAUAGUAGCUGGCAUGGUAGAUGGUUUGAUCUCUGUGAAAAGAAGGGAAGAAAACGUGAAGAACGAAAAACCGCAACGGAAGAAAGUGUCGUACAGACAUUCGGGGAAGAAUUUACACACUCCUCAAGUAAAUAUCGUCGUCCACAGAGAGAUGAAAGAGAUCAUGUCUAAGCACGAUACGUGUUUAAGAAAGUUCGAGUAUUCGAAAGCCUUAGACUGCGUUAUGAUGAACUACGUGGUAAAUAAAACGCCGCAUGUCACGGUUGCACUUAUGCAGGAACUUAUUAGAAGGCAAGGCUUGAAACAAGCUCUCAGUGCUAGGGAUGGUAAAUCUCUUGUGAAUAUUAUCAAAUUCUUGAACAGACAUAUAGGCAGUGUUCAAUUUGGAAGAGUGCUGCUUUACGUGGCUAACGUAUUAAUGGAUAUCUACGAAGAUCAUUUGGACGAGCUUGCAGCCGAACCCCGGAAGAUGUUCAGCAUUUUAGCCUCGAAAUUGGAAGAAGAAGAAAACUUAAUAUUAGCGUUGUCAGAAUUGCAAGGGAAAUUACAUAUGAUACUAUCUGCUGCUGAAACGGUACCUCCAACCCCAGCGAAAGAUGCUUUGACCUUUGAGCCUUCGACUGCAGCUCAGAAAAAUUUAAUUUUAAGCAUAGCAUGAAUGUAGGACGUAGGUAUUCAUUAACAAAAACUUUGUACAUAUUUUUCAUGCACUUUAAUAAAAUUAAAACUGACUGAUA